GCCGUUUUCAACAUAUAUGUCCCACGUAUCAAGAAUUUGAUUGGACACAAGUUGCAAUGUUUGCCCUCCCAGCAGCGUCCAAUGUUUCAAUCAUUGUUUGAUGCUCAUGACAAAGAGGUGGAUAAAUACUGUGAUUCCCUACAGUUGAGCCAUCAGAUGAUUGUUUCGAAGCAGAUUGAACUCUCUGAAACAUUUGGUGAAAUGAUCGAUGAAGUUUUGAGAGCUGCAACGCAGCGCGAUUCACAGCCACAAGAUAACCCCCCCACUACCUCAAUGCCUCCAACAAAUGAUCCAAUAUCCACACCAACUGUUCCAACACCUGAUAAACAACAACAUGAUCAGGAAAGCCAUGUUCCUACUGAUCAUAUCAAAGUAUCAGAUGAUAUUGUCAGUGGGAACGUCUGCAAAAAAGCUGCAGCUAUGGAUGAUCCUAUUUUUGACAAGACUCCAAAAUCUAAUGCUCCCACAACAGACAAGCCUGCUGAUCCUAAGUUAACACCAAAAAUAAAUAGUGAAGGACAAAAAUCUGUUACACAUGAUACUCCUGUAUCUGGUGCACCUCUGUUUGAUAAAACCCCAUUGACAGAUGCAACUACUGACCUGGUUGCAAAGGAUAGUUCCUGUAAAGACGCAGUCGCUGAACAUCCCCACGUGUCACGUGAAGACUGUGCUCGCAACCUGCUUAAGUUCAUUUUGUCAGGAAAACUAGAUCCGAGCAUGUCUAUCAUUAAUUUUGGAGGAUUUGGAGGGUCUGUCCUUGAUGUUGUCCAGUCGUUUGGUCCCAACAAAUGUCUUGAGAAUACUUUCAUGCAGGGAUUUAUCGACUGUAUUCGUCAGGAUGACGUAUUAUACAAUCCAGAUUCUGUAAUCAACACUCUAAUACUGAACGUCAACGUUGGGACCGUUUUGAAUAUUGAGGAGUUUGAACAACACAGUUCAAAUCCACAGCCCUUCACAACAACACUUCUUAAAGAACAUCUUGAACCGACCCUACCUUCAGAUGAUGUUCUAAACCAGAUUAAAUUGUUUUAA